GAGCCAUGAUGUUACAUAUAAUUUAAUAUCUUAUGAACAUAUCCAGGUUCAUGACAGUAUCCUCCUGACGUUCGGUCACAUCUUUGAACAAGCUAUUCUUUCCCAGAGGUUGGUGGCACAAAGAAAGCAGAAGAAUGUUGGUGAGAUACAUCAGAUGCAACCUAAGACCUACUUCAUUAUCUCAGCUACUGUCAUUUUUCAUCUGGACAAGGGAAAACAGCUGCCUUCUGUUUUAUCUGAAAUGUUUUAAUACGUAAAGCCCAAAAUCUAGAGAUUUUAUGAGUGUUGUGCUGGUCCUUUCCCAAGCAAUGGAAAGUUAAGGGCAACCUUUGUGUGUUUCCCUUGGAAGGGACAGAACUGAUGAAACUGAUGGCAUCUUUCAUAUUUCUCUCAAAAAUGUUCAGGCUGAGAAGAAAUGAUACACAAUGCAGCAGCAAGUAAGAUUGUCUAGUAAAUCCAGUAUAGAACUCAAAACGCCCUUGAGGAAGCAGAACAUACUGAACGUUUAAAGAUAAGAAAUCCACAAAAGACCUUGAAGAAGGAAUUUCUGAUUAUAACAAACUUUCAUUUACGGUAUAUUAAAUCAACAGAAACUGAGGAACCUUUUCUGCAAAUAAUAAAAGUGAGUAAUACUCUCUUACAAUUUACCAAUUAUAAACAUCAAUUAACUGAGACCAAGUAGCAGAGAACGACAUAAAAACCUUUGCUUUUUGAACUAUAAGUUAUCUUUUAAGUGAACGAAUAGUUCGUAAAAACGCUGGGACAUAAAUAAAUAUGGUACUAACAAGAAAGUCCUACAAGGAAUUAGGAAUUAUCCUUUCAGUUGAGCCUGAUACCUUUACUGCUAAAAAUAGCCACUUAAAGAGAAAGCAACCUAAGAUAACACAAUAUUAUAGAUCAAAAGAGAUGUUGAAAACUACCACAAUUGCAUCAAAUAACUUGACUCUUGAAAAUGAUAGAGAAGACUGGACAUUAAAUUACGGCUAUACCUCCUUUCCUACACUGGAUAAUGCUCGGAGAAGAAGUUUAGCAUAUGAAUUGGCUACUGAAGGGGAACUGAAUGCUUUUUUAACGAAACCAGAAUUUACAUCUAAAGAAAGUUCAUUAGAAAUAAGUACUCGUAGCUCUAUGCCUGCCCUUGAAUUAUCCUAUGAUGAGGAUCAAGCUGAAGCCCUUAAUGAGAUACCUAAUGAUAUAUCUGUAUCUCAAUUUGAAGCAGAAAAACAAAAUAAUUUAGAGGAGGAUCUCGCUUUAAAUGUAAGCGACAUAUUGGGUUCACUGUCUAAACAGGAUGGAUUAAACGUUUCUGCCUCAUCAUUAAAGAGCAAGCAAAGCAGAAUAGGCGAUUUAACAUUCUACUCUCAAGGAAUAAAUACCUUGGAGGAACCAUGGACUGCAGCGGUAACAGCUUCUCUGUCUCAGAUUUCAAGUUUUGUUAAAGAAUCUAUUUCAUUGCUCACAUUAUUAACAGAAGAAAUAAUAAAGUUUAAAUGUACAUCUAAUGAAGAGAAAGAUAAACUAACUAAAAUAUCUCAAUCUACUCAAACUAUGUUGACUGACCCUGAUCUUCAACCAAUAGAACGAACUGAAAAAGGAGAACGCAGGAUAAGAAAUUGUAAAAAGAGUAAAAAUAUGAGAAACUAUAAAAACAACUAUAGUUCCGAUAUGAAUUUCAGAAAACUUUUUACACUAUUAGAUACUCCAAAGCAAAAGACCACAAAGAAAAAAAGGAAAAAGAAAAAGAAAAAGAAGAUCAUAACAUCUAAGUCUUUGCAGGAGCAGAAUCUUACCCUACGAGACAACACUUCUGCAUCCCCUAUCAAAAAUAUACCAGAUCAAAAUUUAAUAUUUAUGACAACUGGACAAAAUAUGACUCCAUCAUCAUCUCAAGGUGCAGAUCGGUCUAUCAGCCAUUUAACUACCACCAAUCCAGAAGUAAACGACAUCCAUCAGCAUGGAAGCUUGUCCUUAAUGGUUUUAAAUUAGUAUUUAUAAAUUAUCCAAAACCUGGAGGGCUCUUAAACCAGAACCAACGGAAGAUUCAUUUUUGGAAACUGGUUCAAGCUACUGUUCCAGGAUUACUAGACCCAAAUACAAUUGACUCAAUUCAAUAUUUAUUCUAUAAUUAUAGAAAGGCUAGAGCUGUGAUUACAUUUCAGGAUACCAACAUAGUACAAGCUCUCUACAAUAACAGAUCUGUUUUUGCACCUCAGGCGAUACAGAUAUCACGGCUUUUUGAAAAUGUAAUUCCUCCUAUACGUCUCUUUCGAAUAAAGUUAAUGAACCAAUGACUUCUCUACAGACUAGUACUAAUUUUAACAGAAUACAAGAAAACAUCUUAGAUCAAGAUACUGUAAAUGUGAAAGAUCUUCCAAUUUACCCCAAUGUAAACUGUGAAUUUUUGCCUGAGGAAUUAUUUCUUUUGGAUUCUUAUGAAGAAUUUGAUCCAGAGGCUCGAACUGAGAUUAUUAAUCGUUUUAAGAUUUUAGUAGUAAAAUUAGAAGAAAGACAUAAAUGUGACCAGUAUGAUUCCUUGCUUCAUGAAAAUAAAACAAUGUCAGUAGGCAUUUCCCAAGCUCAAUAUAAUUCCUGUGAUAACCCCUCUAAUCUUUCAAUUUGCCAUUCUUCUUUAGAUGAGCAAAAUAUGACUACUUUAACAGAACACAUUCCAGCUAAUUCGUAUUCCGAGGUGGAAUUAAUACGAGGAAAUGCUGCUAACU